CUCUUGAUUCCAGACUUUGUAGUUAACUUUACUUCAUAAAACCUCAUAUUUGAAAGUCUUUGCUUAAUCAGAGCUCAGUUUUAAUGUAAUAUCCUGUUAGUUGUAAUCUUGGCCUGUUAUUGAAAUCACAUUUAAUUAUUUUCUGUCAUUUCUCCACUUAAACAGAAUAAAACGGUUGUUAGUGAGAGCGUGUGUUUUCCGCGCGGCCGUGGAGGCGGCGGCAGAAGAUGGCGUGCUGUGGACAUUGUUUUUGUUGUAAAUGCUGCUGCAGAGACGCGGAGACUCGCACCCCCGAAGAGCUGACGAUCCUCGGAGAGUUUCAGAGCGAAGAUGAAAUCCUUCCCCGGAAAGAUUACGAGAGUUUGGAUUACGACCGAUGCAUCAACGAACCGUACGUGGAAGUGCUCGAGGGGAUCACCAACAAGAAGGCGCGGAAGUACGAGGCCGUGCGCUGGGUCCUGGUGUUUGCCAUCGGGGUGACCGUGGGGCUGGUGGGAGUGUUUGUGGAUUUCUUCGUUCAUAUUUUCACCGAACUCAAACUGAAAGUGGUUGGAGCCUCUGUGGAGACCUGCACAGAGCGAGGAUGUCUGGCUCUGUCCCUCCUGGAGCUUCUCGCCUUCAACCUGACCUACGUGCUCCUGGCCAGUGUCUCGUGCUCGUCUCAGCCUGUAGCUGCAGGUUCAGGGAUCCCGGAGAUCAAGAGUUACCUGAACGGAGUCAAGAUCCCGGGAAUCGUACGACUCAGGACCUUCUUCUGUAAAGUGGGCGGAGUCGUGCUGAGCGUGGCAGGAGGGCUGUUCGUGGGUAAAGAGGGGCCCAUGAUCCACAGCGGCGCCAUCGUGGGAGCAGGACUGCCUCAGUUUCAGAGCAUCUCCUUUAAGUGGAUCAAGUUUGAUUUCCCGUACUUCCGCAGUGACAGGGACAAACGGGACUUUGUUUCGGCCGGAGCAGCUGCUGGCGUCGCCGCUGCCUUCGGGGCGCCUAUAGGGGGCACUCUGUUCAGUUUAGAGGAGGGCUCCUCCUUCUGGAACCAGGCCCUCACCUGGAAAGUGCUCUUCUGCUCCAUGUCGGCCACUUUCACUCUGAACUUCUUCCGUUCUGGGAUUUAUUUUAAUAAGUGGGGCUCGUUCCAGCUGCCCGGGCUGCUCAACUUUGGAGAGUUUAAGUGUGCAGACGGAGAUAAACAGUGCCACCUGUGGACGGCCGUGGACCUGGCGUUCUUCGUGCUGAUGGGGGUGGUGGGCGGCCUGCUGGGGGCGCUCUUCAACUGCAUGAACAAGUGUCUGGCCAAAUAUCGCAUGAAACACAUCCACCCCAAGGCCCGAGGCGUCAGGGUUCUGGAGAGUCUGCUGGUUUCCAUGGUGACGUCGUUGCUCAUCUUCGCCUGCUCCGUGUUGGUGGGAGAAUGUUUGGAGCUGCACCCGCCGACUCACAACACCACAGGCGGAGACACAAACUCUUCUGUGCGUCAGUUUUUUUGUCCAAACAACUCGUACAACGACAUGGCCACACUUCUGUUCAACCCCCAGGAGAAAGCCAUUCACCAGCUCUUCCACCAGGACGGUCUGUUCAGCCCCCUCAGCCUGUCGGUCUUCUUCGUGCUGUAUCUUCUGUUGGCGUGUUGGACGUACGGCGUGUCGGUGCCCAGCGGUCUGUUCGUGCCGUCUCUGCUCUGUGGCGCCGCCCUCGGACGCCUGCUCGCCAACGUCCUCAACGCGGAGCUCCACAUGCACGUUUACUCGGGGACGUUCGCUCUGAUCGGGGCGGCGGCGUUUCUGGGGGGCGUGGUCCGUAUGACCAUCAGCCUGACGGUCAUCCUCAUCGAGUCCACCAACGAGAUCACGUACGGCCUCCCCAUCAUGAUCACGCUCAUGGUGGCCAAAUGGACCGGAGAUCUGUUUAAUAAAGGAAUCUACGACAUCCACAUCGAGCUGCGAGGAGUCCCCCUGCUGGAGUGGGAGACCGAGGUCGAGAUGGACAAACUGACCGCUAGUGACAUCAUGGAGCCGAACCUGACGUACGUUUACCCUCACACACGUGUCCAGUCUCUGGUCAGUAUCCUGCGCACGACCGUGUACCACGCCUUCCCCGUCGUCACCGAGAACCGCCACAACCAGAGAGACUUCAGCAAAGGAAACAUACUGGCCAGCAACAACAUCCACUUCAAGAGGUCCAGUGUGGUUCCGCGGGCCGGUGAGCAGAGGCGCAGGUGUCAGUCCAUGAAGUCGUAUCCGUCCAGUGAACUGAGGAACAUGUGCGACGAGCAGAACCCAGAACCUGAACCUGAGGAGGGAGAAGACCUGCUGCAGCAGAUGCUCCAGACCAGACACACGCCGUACCCAAACCUGUACCCGGACCAGUCGCCCAGCGAGGAGUGGACCAUGGAGGAGCGCUUCAGGCCCCUCACCUUCCACGGGACCAUCCUGCGCUCGCAGCUCGUCAGCCUCCUGCUGCGGGGGGCCUGCUACGCCGAGAACCAGUCUAGCGCCUCUCAGCCCAGACUGUCGUACACAGAGAUGACAGAGGAGUACCCCCGUUACCCCGACAUCCACGACGUGGACCUGACCCAGCUCAACCCGCGCAUGAUCGUGGACGUGACCCCGUACAUGAACCCGGGGCCCUACACUGUGUCUCCGAACUGUCGCAUCUCCCAAGUCUUUAACCUGUUCCGCACCAUGGGGCUGAGGCACCUGCCCGUGGUCAACGCCGUCGGAGAGAUCGUUGGAAUCAUCACCAGACACAACCUGACCCACGAGUUCCUGCGGACCAAACUGCGCCAGCACUCCAUCACCGUCUGACCUUUGACCCCCGACCGACCCACCCACCCCUCGCCGCACCUGCCGCUCCCCCCUCCCCCUCACCGCACCUGCCGCUCCUCCCCCGCGACAGGGACCGAGUCUGGUCUGGAGCGUGUGGUCGCGUCCGUGGUCCGGUGCCCUCCAAAUGUGUUUUAAUUCUCGUUUUAUAAUCUUUCUGUUUUUAUAUUUUGCACAGAUAAUUCUUUAUUAAUUUUAGGUCAUUAAUAAGACUCAGGCUGCUUCUACUGUACGGAGCGUUACGACUGACCGGGGAGCCCCGCCGCCGAACGACAUGGACGUUUGUGAAGACUUCAAGAGCGUUUCAAGUGUUUAGAUUCAGAUUUUAUUUCGACUGUUUUUAAAAAAUGUGAAAAUCAAAGUUAUUCCUCACGUCCCUUUUGCAUUUCAAACAUCCUCAUGAUUCACAGCGACGAGUUCACGAGCGUUUUUCACUCGACGACUCUCAGAAACCAGAGCGAAGGGAAAGGUAACAACCACUAGCAUGCUAAUUGCACUUCCUGAUUUAGCAAAACGAUAAACAAAUGCUCUCUAAUCAGACGCAGAUGGUAAACAGAGGACGUAUUUUGACCUGAAGAGCUGCUUAGAGAAUUUAUUUGUAUCUGUACUGGGCCAAGACACUGAUACAGGGAUUUUAAUGUUGUUUAUUUUUAUAUUUCUUUGUCUUAUUUGACCGAAACUCACCAAAAUAUACAGCUUUUUCUUUUCGUUGUUCAAUUGUAAAACUCUACUUACCGUAUUUUUCGGACUAUAAGUUGCAAGAGCCAAAAAAACGAAGAAUAAUGAAAAAGUAAAAACAUAAGUCGCACUUUUUGUGGGGGAGACAUUUUAUCAAAUCAAUAAUAAGAAUAGAAGAGAGAAGAACAGACUGUUAACGUCACAUAUUUCCAGUGUUGGGAAAGUUACUUUUAAAAUGUAAUCCCCUACAGAUUACAGAAUUACAUAUCCCAAAAUGUAGUUUGUAACAGAAUCCAUUAAAUUAAAGUGAGUAAUGUAAUCUGAUUACUUUGGAUUACUUGAUUUGCUGUAGAGAAACAAAGACGAGGAAAUCUUCACAUAAGAAGUUUUAUCUACUAAAAGAAAAUACUUUACUGAACCAAAUUAAAAAUAUUAUUGAUAAAAGACGAGGAGCAUGGUUUAGUCCUGUUAAAUGCUGUUUUAGACCUGGUUUUAGUCCUGGUUUAGACCUGGUUUAGUGUCCAGCAAUGAGUGGAAUUACAGGGAAAAAAAAAAAGAAAGGGAUAUAGCCCCAAAUGUGAAAACAGGAAAAUCCCGCCAUGUAAUCCAUUUACUUCAACAAAGUAACUGUAAUCCAACUGCGCUGUCGUCCUGCCUCCACCAGUAGGAAGACAAAGAAAAAACCUGUUUAAAUCAACUGGGAGACAUGACGCAUCAACAUCACGAGACAAAGAGGAAGAGCACAGGAGCAGAACAAACUAUUAUUAAAAUUAUUCGUGUCUUUCUGAAUCCCGACAGGAUGGUUUCGGUGUCACUCAAGUCCAGACUUUGUCCGUCCGUCCAGUGACUUCAGGAGAGUUUCAUGGUUCAUCCUCCCGGUGUCACAAGUUUCUCUCUCACUCCAAACUUUCUUUCUGCUGCUCCAUUUCCCUUUUCAGCUGCAGAUUUCACGACUUGCAGUUUGUAAUCUGCAGAAUCUGAUUUUGUUUUUGGGGGCAUUUGUGUUCAGUCGUCUCAGUCUUUGUCUUUAUAAGUUUAAAGUUUAAAUGUUAAAUUGUUCAGUGAUGCAGAAGUAACGGUGCGAUACAGACUGGACAGAGGCUCACCCAUUCCAUGAAAAAAGUGCAGCUUAUAGUUCGAAAAAUACGUCUCUAAUCAGACGCAGACAGUGAACAGUGAAAGUAUUUUGACCUGAAGAGCAGCUUGGAGAAUAUAUUUGUAACUGUACUGGGCCAAGACACUGAUACAGGGCGUUUUAAUAUUGUUUAUUUUUAUAUUUCUUUGUUAUUUGACCUAAAUUAAUCUAAAUAUACGUUUUUGUUUUGUUUUUCUAUUCUAUAACUCUAACUGCGUAAAAACAGUGAUGGGGAAACUACACAAAUGUCCCGUACGCAGGUGAACGUUGAGCCUGACGGGACCAACGAGGAGCUGCUCUUCUGCUUCAUCACUACAUCGUGAUCAUUCUGUCAUGUUUAAAUGUGUUUUAAAAGUGUUUAAAUGUUCAUAACAGAGACUCUCGCUCACGUGAAGAUGGACGGUCUGUAGUUUUACUCACGUGUCUGAUGUUCCACAGAUGAUGAUUCUUCUUCUUACUCUUCUUCUUAAGGCCUGUUUAUACUUCAUAAGAACAUAAGACCUUUGUUCUUGUUCUUGAGGUGAUAAGAACAAGAACAAAGUUUGUUUAGGAUACUUUAAAGAUGGUCUACUGCCGAACUGUCCCUGACCCCCACUCUGCCCCACCCCCAUCCUUACUGUGUCCUGCCCCGGCCCCCCUCUCUUUCAUUUCUUAAAGGUUGAAUAGAGGAUUUUUUAAGGGAAAAGAAAUACAGCGACAGUCCUUUUUCAAAUGUUGUGCAUGUGUGACACCACCUUCCUCCUCCACAGCUCCUCAGUGGAAACAUCUCCUCCUCCCGCCUCUUUACUCUAGAAAUCAGGUUUGUUUACAGCCUCGUUCAGAAUUACAGUUGAAGUUUCCUGUCUAGAAAUAUUUUAGCGACCGACGCAUCAGUUUUUAGACCCUUCGUCUGCUUCAGUCGCGCCAUCGCUGGAAGGAAUCUCCAAGAAUCACCUCAGUUUGUCUUCGCUCCUUUUCCCCUUCUUCUCUUCUUCUUCCAGCGACCUCAAAAACGAACUUUGUUUUGCGGCGAACUGGCUCGUGGAUUCUCGUCCGACAUCGCAACAAACUUUGUGCGAACUGCGACAAAGCGACAGUUUAAAAAAGCCUCUAAGAACCACCGCAUAAACCAAAUAAUCCCUGCACGCCGACGAGUCAGUUACACUAGAAACGUAGGAAGUUUGAUUGACAACCCAACAGCCAAUAGAAAAUGAGGCAGCCUCUUUAUCUACUGGCUGAUGUUUAUCUGUCCGCAGUUGAUGGAUUUUUUUUUUUUUUGGUCUUCAUAAUUCCAAAGCUGCUGCGUCUCUGUAACGGUAUUUUGAACUUUCAUUGACAAUUUGAAACAAAAAAAUAAAAAAAAUCCUCCAUACAACCUUUAAAGGUUGUAUAGAGGAUUUUUUUUAAGGGAAGUGAAAUACAGCGACAGUCCUUUUUUCAAAUGCAUGACACCACCUUCCUCCUCCACAGCUCCUUCAGUAGAAACAUCUACUUUACUCUAGAAAUCACGUUUGUUUACAGCCUCGUUCAGAAUUACUGUUGAAGUUUCCUGUCUAGAAAUAUUUUAGUGACCGACGCAUCAGUUUUUAGGUCCUUCGUCUGCUUCAGUCGCGCCAUCGCUGGAAGGAAUCUCCAAGAAUCACCUCAGUUUGUCUUCGCUCCUUUUCUCCUUCUUCUCUUCUUCUUUCAUCGACCUCAAAAACUGACUUUGUUUUGCGGCGAACUGGUCGUGGAUUCUCGUCCGACAUCGCAACAAACUUUGUGCAAAAUGCGAGGAGGUUUUUGAAAAAGCCUCUAAGAACCACCGCGUAAACGACGUAAUCCUCACGCGCCGAUGACUCAGUUACACUAGAAACGAAGGGAGUUUGAUUGACAACCCAACAGCCAAUAGAUAUUGAAGGAGUCUCAUUUUCUAUUGGCUGAUGUUUAUUUGGCCUCAACACGUCCACAGUUGAUAGAUUUUCAUUAUUUUUUUUUUUUUGGUCAUCAUAAUUACAAGGCUGCUGCGUCUCUGUAAUGGUAUUUAAACUUUCAUUGACAAUUUGAAACAAAAAAAAUCCUCCAUAAAACCUUUAAAUUAAUUUAUUUUUGUCCUCCAGCCUGACUUUUUUUUUUUUUUUUUUUUGGUGGCCCACCUUCUUGUCACAGAGAUGACUCCAGAUUUUUCUACACUGAUUUUCGUCUGAGCCUAAAUUGUCGUCGAUCUCCCUCCAAGAAUUUCUUCCACUUGGCGUCUUUAUCGUCAUGUCGUGUUGUACAGAUGUUUGGAUUUUCGUGCCAGCUGAGUAUGAAGUAUGAACAGGCCUUUUAUUACUCUUCUGUUUAUGCCUCCUCUUCCUCUUCCUCUUCUUCUUCGUCCGUUCGUGUUUUCUGAUCGUGUGCGAUGAGUCUGUCACUGCAGCACUUUGUUUUUAUGCUUUUUAUGUCGGAUUUAUUUUAUUUUAUUGUAAUGCAGUCGUGUUCCUGACCUCUGACCUCUGACCCCGGCCAGUUUUAAAGCUGCACUGUGUAACUUUUCUGGCAGAGGGUCCAUCAAACGCUUUCUAUCUAAAGCUCCGGGUCAGAUCUGUGGAGAGGUGUCCGCGCUCACAGUCAGAAAGUCUGUUUUUUGAGGUGUUUUUGAGCGAUAAAACCACCUGUGAUUGAAGAAAUGUAAAGUCGAGCUGUUUAAUGUAACACUGCGGAACAUUCCAGACAGAGCAGCAACGUAUCCAUGGAAACAAGCAGGUGACGGACCCUCAAACAAAAAGUUACACAGUGCAGCUUAAAGGGAACACAGAGUGGAGUGGACUACAGGGACCACUGGAGUUUAUUUGUUGUUUUUUUUGGUUUUUUUUAGAUUUUAUUUGAAGAUUUCUUGAAAUGGAAUCAGAUAUUUUAUUAUUUUUAUGAGAUGAUUUUGUGAACGUGAUAAUUCCGAGUUGAAUGAGUUUGUACGAUUUUGAUUGUGACGUUCGACAGGCAGCAGCUGGACCACAGGGUUCGGGUCAAAUGCAGUUCAUAUGGGUCAAAUAAAGGUUGGACUGACUCACAGAA